AUGGAUCAAUGGAUUGAUUUUUUCAUGACUCGAUUGGUGGAUAAUGUUUCUAUUAUAGAUGAUACGACUAUACAAUCCACUAAUCAUUAUGAAUAUGGAUACGAUUUUCAGUAUUCAUUCAAUAUGAAUCAUGAUCUUCAUCUUCAAUAUUCUGCAAUCGAUUCUUCAAGUGCAAUGUGGCAUUAUCAUGAACAACUUGAUUUCUUCGAUUAUUACAAUUAUUUCAGACAUCAGAAACUAAUGCCAGGAUAUCAAGAACACUCAUCUUACGGAUAUUACCCUAAUGUUCAUAAUCAUCAUCCAAUGAGACACACAUCUUCAGUCGCAUACCAAACUGGUUUGGAAUUGACGGACAACACGCCACCAACACAAAACAACUACUUACCAUAUCACAUAACAGAUGAAGUUGUGGUGCUCGACAUUUCUGAAAUGAUUAACAAUCAUUUUGUUGUUGAUCGUCAAAGUGAUAUUGAUAUGUAUUUGGAUAUAGACAACAUUUCUUAUGAGGAGCUUCUUUUAUUGGGUGAACAAAUUGGUAGACAUGUUGAAACAGGCAUAUCAGAAGAGAGCAUCAAUCUUAGAACACGGGACCAUUUAAUUCCCGAGACUCAAGCAUCUUUUUCUUCAAAUCAAGGAGGAACUAAUGAUUUUUGUGUUAUAUGUCAGGAGGAAUAUAUGAUGAAAGAGAAGAUUGGAGGUCUUGAUUGUGGGCAUGAAUUCCAUGUUGAUUGCAUAAAGAGAUGGAUACUUAUAAACAACAUUUGUCCCAUCUGCAAAUCUCCUGGAAUUCCUAUAGCUGAAGAAAGAUAA